AAAUAAAAGGAGCCCCGAUCCGACCCGUUGUAUAUAGGCAGCUUACGGAUAUGGAUAGCACCCAAACCCAAUCGUUCAUUUGGAUUUGGAUUUGGAUUCUGCUAUAAACCACAAAUUCUCACCCUUUUCUGCUUCUUCUUCUUCUUCUCCUUUCUUCAGUUGAAUUGAAACCCUUGAAUUUUGGUGCAACAAAGGGUGAAGAAAGGGGCGAUUACAGUUGUUGUUGUUGUUGAAACCCUAAAAAUGGCGCAUAGGUUGCUGAGAGACCACGAAGCCGAUGGUUGGGAACGUUCCGAUUUCCCCAUCAUCUGCGAAUCCUGCCUCGGCGAUAGCCCCUACGUUCGAAUGACAAGAGCAGAGUAUGACAAGGAGUGCAAGAUUUGUACACGGCCAUUCACUGUUUUUCGAUGGAGACCUGGUCGAGAUGCAAGAUAUAAGAAAACUGAAAUCUGCCAGACGUGUAGUAAAUUGAAAAAUGUCUGUCAAGUGUGCCUCCUGGAUCUUGAAUAUGGACUACCAGUUCAAGUCCGGGACACUGCUCUCAGUAUUGAUUCCAAUGAUGCCAUUCCAAAGAGUGAUGUUAACAGGGAGUAUUUUGCUGAAGAGCAUGACCGCAGGGCUAGAGCUGGUAUAGAUUAUGAAUCCUCUUAUGGUAAAGUCCGCCCAAAUGAUACUAUCCUGAAGCUUCAAAGGACAACCCCUUAUUACAAAAGAAACCGGGCACACAUUUGCAGUUUCUACAUAAGGGGUGAAUGUACUAGAGGAGCUGAGUGCCCAUAUAGACAUGAGAUGCCGGUAACUGGGGAGUUGUCUCAACAAAAUAUUAAAGAUCGUUAUUAUGGGGUGAAUGAUCCAGUGGCUUUGAAACUACUUGGCAAGGCAGGAGAGAUGACCACUCUGGAGGCUCCUGAGGAUGAGAGCAUUAAAACACUUUAUGUUGGUGGACUUGAUGCUAGGGUCACUGAGCAGGAUUUGCGAGAUCACUUCUAUGCCCAUGGAGAAAUUGAAUCCAUCAAAAUGGUUCUCCAACGAGCUUGUGCUUUUGUAACAUAUACUACCAGAGAAGGUGCAGAAAAGGCAGCAGAAGACCUCUCCAACAAAUUGGUUAUUAAGGGCCUAAGGCUAAAGCUGAUGUGGGGUAGGCCUCAGACAUCAAAACCUGAGUCAGAUGGCUCCGAUCAAGCAAGGCAGCAAGCAUCUGUGGCCCAUAGUGGAUUGUUGCCUCGGGCAGUUAUAUCACAGCAGCAGAACCAGGACCAAACCCAAGGAAUGCUUUACUACAACAAUCCACCACCUCUUCAGCAGGAACGUAGCUACUAUCCAUCAAUGGAUCCUCAAAGAAUGGGUGCUCUUGUUCCAUCUCAAGACGGUCCUCCUGGUGGGCCUACCGGGUCAGGGGAGAACAAGCCCGGUUCUGAGAAACAGCAAAUGCAACAUUAUGGUCAUCCAAUGAUGCCGCCUCCACCUGGCCAAUAUCAUCAUCAGUAUUAUCCUCCAUAUGGCUAUAUGCCACCAGUUCCCCCUUAUCAACAACAGUACCCACCUCCAUACAAUGCUGCAAUGGCUCCAUCCCACCCACCACCUGCAAAUCAUCCCUAUCAGCACCCCAUGCAGCCGGGGUCUGGACAGGCUGCUGCGUCUGUCCCAGCUGAAACUGGAACAUCAGCAUCAGGGUCACAACAGCAAUGAAAUUGCUCAUAUACUGAUGUUUCUAGUUAUGUUUAAUUAUUGUUCAAAGUUUUUCCUUAAACUGAUCAUGCUGACAGGGAAUAUAUUUUCGCUCAAGCUGUCCAUUUACUAUCUGUACUAGCUUGGUAUUGACUGCCUUGUGGCUUGAACAAGUUACUUAUGAUUUGAUUUUGCGCUUUUGUAACUGUUGGCUUCCUUUUAGAUCCCAGUCAUAAUCAGUUUUAGGGUUACUUUGCAUUGAAUUCUAAUGUUACAGCUGAUAAUUCGCUAAAAUGGGCCAAUUGAUUUUAUACAAUCAAAUAAUUAGUAAAGAAUGUUCCAUUGUUUUAGAACAUUCUCUUGCGGACGGUUGUACUU